AAUAAUCUCUCCCGCUCUCUCUCUCUGUCAGGUGACUCCCUCCAUCUCUCAGAGUUAAGGAUUGUGCUGCUGGGGUACAGAGGAGGAUCUGGGAAGAGUUCAGCAGGAAACACCAUACUGGGCAGAGAGGAGUUUGACCUGAAGACAACUGCUCAGUGUGUGAAGAGACAGGGAGAAGUAGCAGGGAGGCAGGUCACUGUGGUCGACACUCCUGGCUGGUGGAAGAAUCUUCCUGUAGAGAGGACUCCUGAGCUGGUUAAACAGGAGAUUUUGCUUAGUGUGUCUCUGUGUCCCCCAGGACCCCACACUUUCCUCCUUGUCAUAUCGGUGGGGUUUUUAUACACUGAGGAAGACAGAAGAGCAGUAGAGGAACACUUGACCCUUCUCAGUGAGACAGUCUGGAGUCACACUAUAGUGCUGUUUACCCGUGGGGACUGUCUGGGAGACACAACCAUUGAGCAGCACAUUGAGAGUGAAGGGGAGGCCCUCCAGUGGCUUGUUGAGAAAUGUGGAAACAGGUAUCAUGUCCUCAACAAUGAGAACAGAGGGGAUGUCACUCAGGUCACAGAGCUGCUGGAGAAGAUAGAGGAGACGGUGGCAGGAAACAGAGGAGGACAUUUUGAGAUAAAGAGGGAGCUACUAGAGAAGAUAGAAGUUUGGAGGAGAAAAAAGGAAGACAAAGCUAAACAGCUGUGCAUGAGGGUGAAGAAACAGAGAGAGAUCCAUAGAACAUUUAUAGAUUAG